UUCAGGUGCGCAGUGACGUUCCAGGAGGGCGGGUCAGUACAGGUUGUUUAUUCUCAGUUUCGUCGAGAGAAGGAAGGAGACGACAUGGCGACUGCGGGCAACUCCCGGAGGGCAGUGGGAGUAGGACUCCUGUGCUGCUGUCUGUGGACUGUAACUCUUGCUGCAGUGACAACUCCCAAUCCAACGAUCAUUGUAAAGGAAGGGGAGUCUGCUGAACUGCAAUGUUCUUACUCAAGUGACUUCACUAGUCCCCGAGUGGAGUGGAAGUUUGUAAACAAAGACCAGGAGACGAGCUUUGUGUUCUAUGAUGGAUCCCUGACGGCGUCCUACAAGGACCGUGCUAUUCCCUACCCACAGGGUAUCACUUUGAAACAGAUCACUCGGAAAGAUGCCGGCGAGUAUUCCUGUGAGGUGACCAGCACUGGAAGCAAAACGUUGUAUGGGGAAGCCAAGAUCCAGCUCCAGGUUAUAGUUGCCCCUUCAAAGCCCGUGGCUCAGGUGCCAAGAUCUGUAAGUACGGGCAGUGUGGCAGAGCUCCUCUGUGUAGAGAAUGAUGGAUACCCACCCCCCACCUUCAUUUGGUACCGAAAUAAGUCCCCAAUGCAAAUAGCCCCCCAGAACUCCACUUACACCAUUGAUCCCAAAACUGGAGUGUUGAAAUUUGCUGCUGUGUCCACCUCAGACAGUGGGGAGUAUUACUGUGAGGCCACCAACAACCAGGGAAAGCAGGCGUCUGAUCUUGUGCGCAUGGAUGUCCAGGCUGUUGGUGACCCAUUAUUACUUGCUCUUGCAGAGGAUGUUAAUGUGGGUGGUAUCGUAGCAGCGGUGGUUAUCGUCCUGCUGAUACUGGCUCUGAUUGGCUUUGGAAUGUGGUUUGCCUAUAGCCGUGGAUACCUGGAUAGGAAAGAAAACAAAAAAGUAAUUUACAGCCUACCAUCGGAGACCCGCAGUGAUAAGAAUUUCCAGCAGACUUCCUCCUUCCUGGUCUGAUCUGGGGCCCCGGUGGGAUUGCGCCUCUUAGCUGUGGCCCUUAUUGUGAGGCAUCCGUUUGCACCGCUACCUGUUUCUCUCUGAGUUUCCCCUGCGGUUACUGGAGGGGUCCCUGACAGUAGACGGAUGAUUUUACUGUGCUUUUAUAUCUGUUUUAGUUAUGACUCAGAUUCCAACUUUGGGGGACCCUUUCUGUAAUUAUUUGGGGUGGGGAUUGUGUCUGUGUACUCAUAGGGCUGAUGGUAAAUGAAAUUGUGGCCCCUUUAGACUAAAUGAAUAUAAUAUUGAUUCCCAUACAGGCAGGUGACUUGGGUGGAUUCCCCACUGCUUGUUCAUAAGUAUCCAGCUGUGCCAUGCAGUGAGCCCAUGCCUUGUGGUGUAUGUGUGCCCCCAACAGAGCUACUACAUCUGUAGAGCUUUAAUGUGUGUGUGUGUGUGUGUGUGUGUGUGUGUGUGUGUGUGUGUUAUACACCAUCAGUGCCUUUGUGUGUUUCUAUCAUGUAUUACUGUCAUACACCCCAUAGAGCUCCACACCCCAUAGAGCAUCGCUUGGAUUGGCUGCAGGUUCCUGGAACCCACUUACUCAGAGCAGAAGCUGCAGCAAUGCUAUUGUUGCCCAAUGGAAGGCCAUUGCUACCCCCCCCCCCCUAAUAGUCUUACCUAUGCGCUGUUUAUCAAGGGGUGCUGGGCUAUUUGACUAGAGACCUGCUCCCCCUCCUGCAUGUAUACUGAUCUGACAGUUACACCACCAUUGUACUGACUAUAGCCAGAACUCAUUUGCACUCGGUGUGCUAGCUCCCCUCAUGCUGACACUGUUACACCUGUAUAUUUUCUAUGAAUUUUAAUUUCUCUGGAAAUAAAUGUUUUCUUAAGAA